UUUCAAAAUAGGGGAAAUUAAAGUAUACUCCCAUUUCUGCUUUUUCUAGACCCUGGCCUUCUCCAAAAGACAAGUUUUAGAAGGCUUGGAAUGACUGCCGUUAGAAGUAUUUCUCUCCCCACCUUCUUAGCACUCUGCCCUGCUCCACACUUGGACCGUUAAGGGGGAGGAAAGGAUGCCUGCUGCACGAGGGAAGUCCAAGUCCAAGCUGCCAGUGACAUUUGGGGAUUUGGCCAUCUACUUCUCCCAGGAGGAGUGGGAGUGGCUGAGCCCCAUUCAGAAGGAUCUGUAUGAAGAUGUCAUGUUGGAGAACUACCAGAAUCUGGUCUCACUUGGACUUUCCUUUCGGAGGCCAAAUGUGAUCACUUUAUUGGAGAAAGGGAAAGCACCUUGGAUGGUGGAGCCAGUGAGAAAACGCCGGGGCUUGGACUCAAAGUCUAAAUGUGAGACCAAGAAGUUACCAACGUCUUGCAACAAAUCUGGGCAAAGCAUAUAUCAGAAACCAGUUUCUAGAUCACAAAAAGUUCCCAUAGGAAAGAAAGGCUGCAAGAAAAGUUCAGUCCUAAUAAAACCCAAGAAAGUGCGUUCAGGAAAGAAAUCUUUAAAAUGUAAUGACUGUGGGAAAACUUUUGGUCAAAGUUUAUCUCUUAAACUUCAUCAGAAAUCUCAUACUAGAGAGAAGCCUUAUGAAUGCGGUAACUGUAGAAAAGCUUUCAGACAGAUCUCAUCCCUCAUUCUUCAUCAGAAAACUCACAAUGGAAGAAAAAGUCAUGAAUGUGGUAAAUGUGGAGAAAGCUUCAUUCAAAGAACAUCUCUUAUCCUACAUGGGAAAGUUCACAAUGGAAAGGAAACCUUUGACUGUGGGAAGGCCUUGAAUCCAUCCCCACCUCACAGUGUGGGCCAGAAAAUUCACUUUGUUGAGAAUAUCCACCAGUGUGGAAAGUGUGGGAGAGACUUCAUUCGAAAGUCAUCCCUUUUACUUCAUAAGAAAAUUCAUGGGAAAAAGAAAUUUCAUAAAUGCAAUAAAUGUGGUAGAGGCUUCAGUAAGAAUUCAGCCCUUGUUAUACAUAAAAAAAUUCACACUGGAGAGAAAACCUCUGAAAGUGAGAAGACCUUAAGUCAGAAUCCACUGCAGAAAAUUCACCAUUUAGAGAAUCCUUAUAAAUGCAGAGAAUGUGGGAAAUCCUUUAAUAGGAUAUCAUCCAUUAUGCUUCAUCAGAGAAUUCACACAUCAAAGAAACCCUACAAAUGUGUUAAAUGUGACAAGGUCUUCAGGCGCCUUUCAACCCUUAUUCUACAUCUAAGAAUUCAUAAUGGAGAGAAACUAUACAGAUGCAAUAAAUGUGAGAAGGUCUGUAAUCGGCAUUCAUCCCUUAUUCAACAUCAGAAAGUUCAUACAAGGAAAAAGAAACUCUUUGAAUGUAAGGAAUGCGGGAAGAUGUUUUCUGGAACUGCCAACCUUAAAAUACAUCAGAACAUUCAUUCUGAAGAGAAACCUUUUAAAUGCAAUAAAUGUAGUAAAGUUUUUGGCCGUCAGUCAUUUCUUAUUGAACAUCAGAGAAUUCAUACUGGAGAAAAACCCUAUCAGUGUGAGGAAUGUGGAAAAGCCUUCAGUCACCGAAUAUCUCUUACUCGACAUAAGAGAAUUCAUACAGAAGAUAGACCCUAUGAAUGUGAUCAGUGUGGGAAGGCCUUCAGUCAGAGUGCACACCUUGCCCAACAUGAAAGAAUUCACACUGGAGAGAAACCAUAUACCUGCAAAACAUGUGGGAAGGCCUUUAGUCAACGCACAUCCCUUAUUCUACAUGAAAGAAGUCAUACUGGAGAGAAACCCUAUGAAUGUAAUGAAUGUGGGAAGGCAUUUAGUAGUGGCUCAGAUCUUAUUCGGCAUCAGAGAAGUCAUUCUUCAGAGAAACCUUAUGAAUGUAGUAAAUGUGGGAAGGCAUAUAGUCGGAGUUCAUCCCUGAUUCGACAUCAGAAUACACAUUCUGAAGAAAAAGCCUAAGUUUGUCUUAAAUAUGUGAAGGUGUAGAAUGAGGCUAUAAAAGUAGCAGAGACCAAGGCAUAAGAAAAAUGCAUUUGUCUACAACCUAAAUUUUAUAAAAAUGGGACCAUUUGAUGAUGUGUCCCACGUUGAAAGCCAAAGAGCAAAAGUCAUUGGGGUGACCUUGACCAGACAAUUUGUAAGCAACUGAGGCAGUGACCUUAUCAUCAGUCUUGAUUUCAAAGUAGCAAGUUCAGAUGAUGGAUCAGUCAUUCUUAAUGAAGACCAUUCUUCAUUCGAUAAGAAUUAUUGAUAUUUCAUUUGCAGUUUAAUCUUAAAAGCUGUUUCAUUGGUCACCUACAACAAAGUGGAACCACAAAGUCCAUUUAUGGAUGGGGCUUUGAGCCUUAUUUAAGGUCAUGUGAAGAAAGAGUUUAAGAAGUUUGUUUCUCUUUUAGAACUAGAACUAUCAUGUAGAAGAGAUUUCCUGGGCAAACCAGGGUACUACUUUCAGCUGUGGUGAGAAAAUUGUGGGUGAGAAAAAAGAAGAGUGAAUCUUCAAGUGGAUAAAGAUAGCUCUCAUACGGUAUGAAUCAGUGGAGUCAUUAUCAUUCUGUCUCUGUGAAUAGGAAGAUAUAUGAUCUUCAUGGUAUGAAAAACUGUAACAAGCCUGAGACAGGCUAAUGGGAACAAAGAAACCAGGGUAUACUGAAGAAUGGGAACUUAAGAGCAGGGAGAAAUUCUUUGUUACUCUUUUAUUUGAAAAGAAAUUUGUCUAUAUUUAUACAAAUAAACAGUGGUAUUUUCAUGUAAGAACA